CGCUGAACAUGAAGUGGUAUGAAAAAAGUCUCACAGAGGCUAUCCAUACUUUAGUAGGUCAAGAUGACUAACUAAACUUCAGGAAUGGUCAGAGCUUAUUACUGACAUCGAAAAACACAUAUAUGCUAAUAAACCAAAUGCUAAUCUUUUUGGAAUGACUGCAGAUGAAAUAAGCAUGCUGAUAGCCAAUUUUUCAGAAUCAGCAUCUCCAGAUACGAGUUUUGGUCCUAGUACUUGUAAUCAAGAUUUUUGGUUGCAAACUUUAUAAAUUUCAUUCAUGAUUGCUAUGACACUAAACAACCAAUAAAGGGAAAUACGUUCGAAUAUCUAUUUUUCGCCUGUCCGAAGGUAAAAAGAAGGAUUUUCUACUUUUGUUUCGCUCUGUAUUUCUAAUGUCACUGAAUUACCUAUAUUUCGUCCAAAUAUACGUACGUAUUAGUAGUAAAUAUCAUGCUAUGCUAGUCAAACUAAAUCAAAUACUUACUAAGAAUUUAUAUGAUUCAGUUGAGCGUUACAUGACAUUAAAGCAGCCUACAACAUUGCCAAACAUAGAAACUCAUGGAGAAGCUUUCUUGUGGAAGCAAUGGGAUCAAGAACAUUCAGAUCGAUACUUUAAACUAACCCCAAGUGCAUAUCCAAGUAAAUCUGAUUUUAUUACAAUGGAAGCGAAUGAAGCGUUAAUUGGAUUAUUUGAAAAACAUACAGAAUUUUUGAAUAAACUUUCUUCUCGUUAUUUUAAUCAAGCAUUUCAUAGCUCUCAUAUUCGAAGGAAAUUAUGGAGUAUUAUAUUAUUAUCCAGAUGUAAAUCUCAAAAAACAAAACUUGAACAAAUAAUUCAAAGGUUUUCACCUGAUCAAGAUGAACAUAUUCUGGUAGAAUGUAGAAAUUUUUUAAACUCUUGUGUUUCUAUGUCUUCUAUUAAAGAUUCAGUUGGUUGUUUAUAUGCAAUGAAUUAUUUAUUAAAGUUUUAUCAGAAGAUAAUGAAUAUAAAUGAAAAUGUGAAGUAUCAUCAAUAUAUCAAAAUUGUUUCUAUAUUAGUUUUGGUGAUGAAAGAUUAUUUAUCAAAAAAUCAACCUCCAAAUAUAGAAACUAUUGGAGUAUUAACUCAAGAAUUCUUUGUAUUACUAUCAUCGUUACCAUCAUUUAUAACACAAUUGCCAACAAUUUGGUUUACUCGUCAAUCUUUACAGAAAAUAAUACAAAAUGAAAAUUAUAGAAUAAAUGGCAUAUCUGAAAUCAAUAAUAAUAAUAUUAAAUUUAGUCAGAAUGUUUUGAAACAGUUACGAUAUAUUGAUGGUAAUAUAGCCUCUUCUGUUGUGAAACAAGUUUUGUUUGUCAAAGAUAUUAAUAUCAUAUCGAAUAUGACAAAUGAAGAAGAUAUUUAUUCAGAAAUCUUCUAUACAUUUAUUGAACCAAUUAUUCAAUCUGUUUUCAUUGGUUAUUUAUCUCAGUCUACAUUAUUAUAUAUAUGGGAUCAGUUAAUGUUAUGUAUUGUUGGAGCUGAACCGAUUGAAUCAAGUUUAUCAUAUAUUUUAAGUUGUUUCACAGCUAUUUUCAUUUUUCUAUGCUGGAUUAGAAUUCCAAAUCAUUCCAUAUCUGAUAUAAGUCAAUACAAUCAAAUAAAUACAAUUAGUGAACAAAGAGAAAUAAGUAGAAAAGAAAUUAUUUCAUUAAAUGAACAAUUCCUUAUAAUUGGUCCAGAAUUAGAAAAAGAUGAUUUUCAGUUUUUGAUUACGAAAUACUGAAGAUCAUCUAGUGAAAAUGCAAGAUCAGUUAGAUGCUUAUAAAACUAAAUUAAAAGAAGCAUCAGAUGAAAUUUCUCAUAGUAAACGUUUACUUAGCCAAUAUGUAACAAAACAAGAUUACUCACCUAACAAGGUUAAUGAAAUCAGUGAUCAUAAAAUGAAUUCAUCAUUAAGUAAAAUAAAAUGGAAAUCAAAUUUGAAUAAAAUAACACUUUUAAGAAAUGUAGCACAUAAUUUUGGCGCGAAUAUUGAAAAUUCAAAUCCUUUAAAACAAUCACAAGUUAUACAAACUGAAAAUGAUUGAAUUAUUUAAAAAUAUAAAUAAAAUAAUGUUUGAAAUACAGUGACUUUUAGUCAUUUAACCAUUUUAUUUGAUUAUUCUAUUAAAAUCGUUCUAACUUGCUAAUUAUCUUCUUAUCAAUAUGGGAUUGUAGAGAUUAUUAAGUUUUUGAUUGAGAUCAUGAACCGAUUAAUGUUAGACCACCA